CUCCCGGUCUGCGGUCCGGGGGUCUGUGCGCCGCGGGCCGGUCUCUGAGGAGCAUGGAUCCCGCGGGUGCCUGGGACUCCGCGUCGCCCUGGGUCUCGCUGUGGACAAACAGGUUUUACGUGUACGUGGGCUUGGCCUGUGGCAUCAGCCUGUGGAUUUGCUUCCAGAUCGUCAUCAGGAGGCGGGACAAGAGCUCCCAGGAGAAAUCUGUUCCAAAAGCAAGCCGGGAUUUGGGGACAGAAGGUUCUAUCUCUCUUCAAAGGAAGGAGGUCUCCGUGUCCGGAGUGAAGAUUUUCUAUGGUUCCCAGACUGGAACCGCAAAGGGAUUUGCAGCAAGUCUUGCUGAAGCGGUUACCUCCCUAGAUCUGCCUGUGGCAGUCAUCGAUCUGAAAGACUAUGACCCAGAUGAUCAUCUAGUAGAGGAGGUCACUAGUAAAAACGUUUGUGCCUUCAUGGUUGCUACGUACACCGACGGUCGACCCACUGAAAGCGCAGUGUGGUUCUGUAAGUGGUUGGAGGAAGCGGCCAGUGACUUUCGAUUUGGCAAAACUUACCUGAAGGGUAUGAGGUACGCUGUGUUUGGCCUGGGAAAUUCUGCCUAUGCGCGCCACUUCAACAAGGUUGGCAGGAACGUUGACAAGUGGCUCUGGAUGCUUGGUGCCCACCGCGUGGUGGCGAGAGGGGAGGGGGACUGUGACGUGGCGAACAGCACACACGGCAGCAUCGAGGCCGACUUCAGAGCCUGGAAGACCCAGUUCCUCGCUCAGCUGCAGACACUCGAGAAAGGAGAGAAGAAGCCCUGUGAGGGCAGCUGCGAGAGAGGCCAGUGCGGAUCGUCCGCGGAGGAAGAGCCCUUUGAGAGCACCAGUGAGGACGAGUCCGGUGCCAAAGACCCUCCGAAUCUGAAUCCUGUCGUUGAUGUUGAGGACCUCGGCAGGAUUGUGAGCUGCGUGAAGAGAGAAAAGAGAGAGAAGGAGCAGCAAGAGGAGAAGAGCAGUUUGCUCAGGAGCUCGGGGAAGAACGGCCCCGGCGAACGAAGAGCUAUGAUAACCCCCGCUCUCCGGGAGGCCCUCACUAAACAAGGGUAUCAGUUGAUUGGGAGCCACUCCGGGGUGAAGCUUUGUAGGUGGACAAAGUCGAUGCUCCGAGGGAGAGGAGGUUGCUAUAAACAUACAUUCUAUGGCAUUGAAAGCCAUCGUUGCAUGGAAACUACCCCAAGCUUGGCUUGUGCAAAUAAAUGUGUCUUCUGUUGGCGGCACCACACCAAUCCAGUGGGCACCGAGUGGCGGUGGAAGAUGGACCAGCCUGAAAUGAUCCUAAAGGAAGCCAUUGAAAACCAUCAGAGCAUGAUUAAGCAGUUUAAAGGAGUACCGGGUGUCAAAGAAGAACGUUUUGAAGAAGGAAUGAUGGUAAAGCACUGUGCAUUGUCCCUAGUGGGAGAACCCAUCAUGUACCCGGAAAUCAACAGGUUUUUGACACUACUCCACGAGUGUAAAAUCUCUAGUUUCCUGGUCACAAAUGCACAAUUCCCUGUGGAAAUCAGGAACCUCAAACCAGUUACCCAGCUGUAUGUCAGUGUGGAUGCUAGCACCGAAGAUCGCCUGAAGAAAAUCGACCGCCCACUCUUCAAGGAUUUCUGGCAGAGAUUCCUCGAUAGCUUAAAAGCUUUGGCAGCAAAGCCACAGCGUACUGUGUACAGACUGACUCUAGUGAAAGCGUGGAAUGGGGACGAACUCCAGGCCUACGCAGAGCUGGUGUCCCUGGGGAACCCCGACUUCAUCGAAGUGAAGGGUGUCACCUACUGUGGAGAGAGCUCAGCCAGCAGUCUCACCAUGGCCAACGUGCCCUGGCAUGAGGAGGUGGUGCACUUUGUCCGGGACUUGGUGGAUCUGAUCCCCGACUACGAAAUUGCUUGUGAGCACGAACAUUCCAACUGCCUCCUUAUCGCUCACAAAAGGUUUAAGGUCGGCGGCGAGUGGUGGACGUGGAUCGAUUAUGACCGCUUCCAGGAGCUGGUGCGGGAGUACGAAGACAGCGGGGGCUCGGCCACCUUCGGCGCACAGGAUUAUACGGCCAGAACUCCGCGCUGGGCCGUGUUUGGUGCCCGCGAAAGAGGCUUUGAUCCCAAGGACACGAGAUAUCAGAGAAAGAACAAGUCAAAGGACAUUUCCGGAUGUUGAGAUUAUCUGGCUGUGGGGCGCUGAAGGACGAGCGCUGGCGGCCCCAGAGGGUUCUCCCUCCCGCCCCCCACCGAGGUUUUUCCAAGGACACAUUAGCAAGAUCUGUCUCACGCAGAGGAGGCUGUAAGGCUCAUGGGGACGCGAGUCACGUCCGGGGUUGGGGAGGCAGCAGCUCCGCCAUUGCUUUCCGGAGCCCAGGCCUCUCCUGACCGGACUCCCCAGAGGACCGUUGCAGGGCAAGCGCACUGUCCUCAGAGUGAGACUGAUGGCUUUGAAUUAUAACUUGUAAGAGGCCGGAAGGCUGGUCCUGGUCUGUUGUAGGGAGCGAGUACGUGUUCCUCUUCCCCUCCUGGGCCCUGGGCCUUUGUGGAUUGUCCCCCCCGAGGCAAGUGGACCUGCUCCCUCCCGGGCCGCCUGCCCUGCUUUGUGUCUGGAAUGACGCCUCCCGGGAGUCAUUCAAAUUGCCGUUAAUUCUAGACUGUUUUUGAUACUGCACAGAUUACAUUAAAUUUUUGCUUCGUCCCAGCCCUUUAUGACAUCGAGCGGAUGUAAAAGUCCCGACGCCUCCCUCCUCGUGCAGAUCAGAUCGCCUCAGAAGGAGUGAGGGCCCCGGUGGCGUCUGAGCUUCUCCCGUGGAGGCGUGCCCUGUGGUGCCCUGCAGGAGUGAGUCCCCAGACAGGCUUUGAGACCGGGUGCGGUUUGCUUUUGGUUUAAAAAGUCAGUGUUUAAGCCCCAUCCUUACCCACAGAGCUGGUCCCCACCUUCUUUCCCCUCUGGUAGCCUCCGCUGUGCACAGUCUGUUCUUAGGGUUCAAGGUUUUUCUAAUUGAAAACGUCAUUAAAUACUGAAUA